AUGCCUCUUCCUCGGCACCAGCCGCUUCUGCCGGACGAGCCCAGCCACGCAGACGACGCCGAGCAAGAGGCUCUAGUUCAGGAGAUAGUUCAAGAUGCUACUGUCUCUGGUGAUUUACUGACAUCUGAGAGCAAUGAGCCGAGAGUGGCUGGUCCCAGGCGCUCCCAAACAGACCCUAUAGAACUAAGCAUUCAGUCGCAGACGUCGAGGAGAGUAUCAGCGGAGCCGACAACAAAACCACAUUUCAGCGAGCAUUUUCAUUCCAGUCGCGGCCCAUCUGAAGGGAAGAUGGCUCAUGAAACUUCCCCGAGAGAUGGGCUUUUGUCUACCGAAGUGACGUCCAUCAAACCAUCCCCAUCCAGUGGUAUCAAGGAAUUUGGGCGAAAGAAGGCCACCAAGGCGAAGCAAAGGCAUUGGAUGCUUAGCUCUGAAUGGAAAGACCAUGCCGCAGCUGGCAUCCAAAAGUUUUUCUGGGAGACUAUUCUUCGCCGCAAGCCGCUUUUACCCUCCAAAGAUGGACGCCAUAUCCCCCUCAAUCCUACGAGCGUUGAUCCCGGCGGCCUGAUUGACGAACGCAGCAAUAAGCCCUAUAUAAGCAAUUUCAUUCGCUCCAGUCGCUACACAGUGUACGAUUUUGUUCCGAAGCAGCUCGUUUUUCAGUUCAGUAAGCUCGGAAACUUCUAUCUCCUCAUCAUGGGUAUUCUUCAGGUGAUACCUGGUCUCAGCACCGUUGGGAGAUAUACAACCAUUGCUCCGCUCAUUGGUUUCGUGGCAUUUAGUAUGGCCAAGGAAGGGUACGAUGACUACAGGCGAUACCAGCUCGAUAAGUCGGAGAAUCGAAGCAUGACCUGGGUUUUGACGUUGGACGAGACAAACGACUGGAUGAAUAUCCAAUGGCAGCAUGUCCAAGUUGGAGAUGUGGUGCGUCUCCGCCGCGACGAAUCCGUGCCUGCAGAUAUAGUCAUGCUUCACGCCACGGGACCAAAUGGUGUUGCAUAUAUCGAGACGAUGGCACUAGACGGCGAAACCAACCUCAAAGCCAAGCAAGCUUGCCCUCUCCUUGCAGAGAGAUGCGGCACAGUUGAAGGGCUUCGGUCGACUCAGGCAACCGUUGUAUCUGAGGAUCCUAAUCUCGACUUAUACAACUUUGUGGGAAGAGUCACUGUUAAUGGUGGUGAAACUGUACCUCUAUCCAUGAACAAUGUCAUCUACCGAGGAUCAAUAUUACGAAACACUGCAAUGGCAAUUGGGCUUGUGGUCAAUUCGGGUGAAGAAUGCAAGAUUCGGAUGAACGCGAAUAAGAAUGUCCACGCCAAAAAGCCAGCCAUGCAGUCGACAAUUAACAAGAUGGUCCUUUUCCAAAUUACAAUCGUUCUCUCCCUGGCAAUUGGGUUUACCAUCGGAUAUAACAUAUGGGAAAACGGAACGGAGGACAAGUCUUUCUAUCUUGUCCAGAGUGGCGUCUAUGAUGCAAGCGUGCCAUUUAAGCAGAUCUUCUUCGGAUUCCUCAUCAUGUUCAACACGUUGAUUCCUCUGUCUCUGUAUAUCAGUUUGGAGAUUGUCAAGAUUGGACAACUCUUCUUGCUGCAGGACGUGGACAUGUACGACCCAGUCACGGACACUCCCAUGGUGGCCAACACAACGACCAUUUUGGAGAAUCUUGGUCAGGUUAGCUACGUGUUUUCGGAUAAAACGGGGACCUUGACGGAGAAUCUGAUGCGUUUUCGAAAGUUGAGCGUUGCGGGCGUUGUGUGUCUUCAUGACAUGGAUAUCCAAGGGGAGAGUACCAGAGCAAAGGGAAAGCAACCCAUGUCAGCCAAUGCUCCUGUGGAUAUGAAAACCGAAGAACUACUUGAUUAUAUUCGCCGUCGACCAAAUACCCCCUUUUCUCAGAAGGCCAAACAGUUUUUGCUAUGCAUAGCCCUUUGUCACACCUGCUUGCCCGAAACCAACGAAAGCGGAGAGAUCGAGUAUCAGGCCGCAUCUCCCGAUGAGCUGGCCCUUGUUGAGGCGGCCAGGGAUCUGGGCUAUAUUCUCAUUGAUCGACCGGCUCAGUCUAUCAAACUGCAGAUGCAAGGCGCAGAUGGCGCACUGCAGACAGAAACUUACCAAGUACUUGAUGUGAUCGAGUUUAGCAGCAAAAGGAAACGGAUGUCUAUCAUCGUUAGAAUGCCUGACAAUCGGAUCUGCGUCUUUUGUAAAGGCGCAGACAAUGUCAUCAUGGCGCGUCUCAGGCUUAAUCAAGUGGCUGCUCAGAAGGCCAAAGACGUCAAUCGAAGAGCGAGCGUCCGAAAGACGUUCGAGCAGGAUAAGGCAAUCAAACGUAUGAGCAGUCAGAUCAGCAGAAAGAACUCGACUCGCAAUAGCUUUGGCGUGGCACGAAGCAAAUCAACCGCUGGACUUGAAGGGUUGAGAAGCAAUAUCGCAAGGCGCUCCACAGACCUUAACCGGCUCUCACAAGCCGAAGAAAUGGCUUCGUGGCUUCAUAGGCGGAAUACAGAGGAGAUUGUGACUCCUCGGCCUUCGACUGACGUGCUGCGAAGUCCCAGGCAAAGUUUGGGUCGUAUGCCAUCGUGGGACUACAGAGACUAUGCGGGCGAUGACGACGAGAGAAUAGACGAAUUGGUGGCUGCGGAUGAGGCGACGAUUUUCGAAAAGUGCUUCCAGCAUGUGGAUGAUUUUGCUGUCGAGGGACUGCGGACGCUGUUGUACGCAUAUCGACAUAUCGACGAGGAUACCUAUGCGCAGUGGAAAGCUUCAUACAGGGAAGCGGAAACGAGCCUGGUGGACCGUCAGGAGCGCAUCGAAAUAGCUGGAGAGAAAAUCGAAGAAGGAUUCGAGCUUGCUGGCGCCACAGCCAUAGAAGACAAGCUCCAAGAGGGAGUCCCGGAAACAAUUGAUAAGCUGAGGCGUGCAAACAUCAAAGUGUGGAUGCUCACAGGCGACAAGAGAGAAACUGCCAUUAAUAUCGGGCAUUCGGCGCGAGUCUGCAAGCCGUUUUCGGAGAUUUACAUCUUGGAUUCAUCCAAGGGCAAAUUACAAGAAGCCUUGAUGACAACGCUCACUGAGGUUGCGCGAGGGAUGGUGCCUCACUCGGUCGUGGUUGUGGAUGGACAGACCUUGGCCGUGAUUGAUGCCGACGACGAGCUUGCCGCCUUGUUUUACGACCUAGUUGUACGAAUCGACUCGGUCAUCUGCUGUAGAGCAUCUCCCUCGCAGAAAGCUAACCUGGUCAAAUCCAUAAGGAAGUUUGUCCCCAAGAGCAUGACUCUGGCCAUUGGUGACGGCGCCAACGACAUUGGCAUGAUUCAAGCCUCGCACGUGGGCAUUGGCAUAUCUGGCCGUGAAGGCCUGCAAGCAGCGAGGAUAGCAGAUUAUUCGAUUGCCCAGUUUCGAUUCCUUCAGAAGUUGCUGUUUGUACACGGGCGAUGGAACUACAUCCGGACGGGCAAGUACGUCUUGGCUACGUUUUGGAAGGAGACUUUCUUUUUCCUUAUACAGGCGCAAUUUCAACGUUUCAACGGCUAUACGGGCACUUCUCUCUACGAGUCGUGGAGUCUCACGCUAUUCAACGGCGCGUUUACUUCAUUACCGGUGAUUCUGUUGGGGAUCUUUGAUAGGGACUUGCAGCCGGCGACGCUGCUGUCAGUGCCGGAGCUGUAUACCUUUGGUCAGCAGAGGAAAGGAUUCAACGUGCUGCAGUAUCUGGGCUGGAUGGUCAUGGCUGUUGCUGACAGCGUCGUUACGUUCUACUUUAUGCUGGAGGCGUUUCAAAGCAUUUUGUUUACGGAAGAUAACGGGCUCUAUGCGAUGGGGACGAUAUGUUUCAGCGUUGGCGUUAUCUUCAUCAACACAAAGCUGCUGCUUUUGGAGUUUCACAGCAAGACUCUGAUCCCGCUGAUUGGCCUCGCCAUAGAAAUCACAGGAUGGUUCUUAUGGAACCUGAUUCUAUCCGCCAUAUACCAAAGAACCGUCGGUCCAAUAAUAGUGAGAGACGAGUUCAUACAUAACUUCGGGCCUCGCCUAUCCUGGUGGACGUCACUCGUCCUUGGAUUAGUCACCCCUAUCAUCAUGGAGUUGGCCGUGCAAGCAGUCCGUCGCGUAUACUUCCCAACAGACCAAGAUUUGAUGCAACGCAUAGAAAAGGACGCCAACUCGAAAGAAAUCCUGAAGAAAUACGCCAUGGAUGGAGGUGCUGACGUAGAAGCUGGAAACACGCAAGGCAUUGAGCUGGAAGAGAUGAGGCUGCCAAGUGACCAGAGGGAAGAAGGCGUCACACUGCUGGCGGAUCACGAUAGAAGCCAGAGUCCACAGCCGGUGAGCGCGGUUUCGAGGAGGAGCUUUCACGAACUGGGGCAGAGGAGGUCACUUAGGGUGAGCCAUGACGACUAUCGGCCGCCGGGAUUUACGCCGUUGGUGGAAGAGGGGGAGAAUGCGCUUGAAGAGGUUGAUACGAGGAGAGAGAGGGGAUGA